AUGCGCCGCCACCUGGACCUCCUGCCCCGCCUCCUCCUCCGCCGCCACAUCCACCGCCGCACCAAGCCCACCACCCCACCCCUACCCCCACCUCCCAACCCGCCACGCCCGCCGCAGAAACCCGAGCCCGCCACCAUCCACGGCGAGACGUGGCACGACAGCUACGCGUGGAUGGGCUCGCUGGCCGACGCGGCCGCCAUGCGCCACAUGGACGUGCACAUGGAGGCCGAGGAGAAGUACGCCGAGGCCUGCCUGGCCGCCGCGGGGGCGGACCGGCUCGCGCGCAAGCUCCAGCUCGAGAUGGCCUCCCGCCUCGCCUCCGAGGCCUGCACCACGCCGGCCCGCUGGGGCCCCUGGCUCUACUACCGCCGCGCCGACGAGGGCAAGCAGUACCCCGUCCUCUGCCGCCGCUCGGCCGCGCUACACGGGGAGUUCGUCUCCUACAGCGACCCCUCCGCCGGGUUCGACUUCACCGCGGGGAAGUGCAUCGAGCAGAAACUUGUGGAUUACAACAAGGAGGCCGAGCGAUUCGGAGGAUACUCAUACGAGGAGCUGUCUGAAGUUUCUCCAGACCACCGAUACAUUGCAUACACCAUGUAUGACAAAGAUAAGGACUCCUUCACUUUAUUGGUCAGGGAUCUGGUGACUGGCACACUUUGUGAUAAACCUCGUGCCGACCGGGUCUCUAAUAUUUCAUGGGCUAUGGAUGGGAAAGCACUGGUUUAUGUUGUUACAAACGAGGACAGAAGACCAUAUCGGCUGUAUUGCAGCAUUAUUGGAUCUGGCAAGGAUGAUAUUCUCAUACUGGAAGAACCUGGUGAGAAUAUUUAUUUGAAUAUCAGACAUACCAAGGAUUUUCGGUUUAUAACGUUAAAUGUCUUUUCAGACACACACUCAAAGGUAUAUUUAAUAAAGGGUUCUGAUCCCUUGUCCAGAAUGACACUGGUAUGGGAAGGUGAAUCCCAAGUUCACUGCAUUGUGGAACAUCAUCAUGGACGCCUGUAUUUAUUUACAGAUGCCUCAAGAGAUGGUGUUCGUGUUAAUUCACAUUACCUAAUGCAGUCUGAUGUGGAAUCUCCUGGGCCAAAGAGUUGGAAGAAUGUUUUCCUUGAGGAACCAGGUAUUAUUCUUGAAGAUGUUGACUUCUGUAGUACUCAUAUGGUGCUCAUUCUGAGACAAGGCAGGAGACUCAGUCUUUGUUCAGUUAAACUGCCUCUACCUGAAAAUAUUCAUGUACCUGCCCGUUUAUCAGAUUUUCACCCAUCUGAAUUGCCUCUUCCCAGUCAUGUGUGUCAGAUUUUAUCUGGGCCAAAUUAUGACUAUUAUUCCUCAACAAUGCGUUUCACAAUAUCAUCACCCGUGAUGCCAGAUGCAGUUGUUGAUUACAACUUACUGAAUGGAAAGUGGCAAAUAGUGCAACAACAAAACAUGCUUCAUGAGAGAACAAAGGUACUGUAUGGGAAUGCUUUUGCUUCUAGUAUGGGCAAGCUAUCUUCAGAUGGAGCUGAUUUGUCAAGUCAAGAUUUGGGAGAUUGUGACUGGAAUGAGCUCUCUGAGUACUAUGCUUGCGAGUACUAUGAUGUUCCAUCGAAGGACGGAGUUUUGGUUCCACUUACCUUGGUAUAUUCACGAAAGCACAAGCAAGAGGGGAAUCCAGGAUUGCUUCAUGGGCAUGGUGCCUAUGGUGAGAUUCUGGAUAAACGUUGGCGCAGUGAGUUAAAGAGCCUACUGGAUCGUGGUUGGGUGAUUGCAUAUGCUGAUGUUAGGGGUGGUGGAGGCUAUGGCAAGGAGUGGCACCAAGAUGGUGCGCGUACCAAAAAGAUGAACUCUAUAUAUGAUUUUGUCUCUUGCGGUGAAUUUCUUCUUGAGAAAGGUAUCAUACAAGAAAAUAAGCUUGCUGGAUGGGGAUACAGUGCUGGUGGACUUCUGGUGGCUUCGGCAAUUAAUACUCGUCCAGAUUUGUUUCGUGCUGCUGUUUUAAAGGUCCCUUUUUUGGAUGUUUGCAACACUCUUCUCCAUCCUAUUCUACCUCUCACAGCCAUUGAUUAUGAAGAGUUUGGGUUUCCUGUGGACCAUGAAGAGUUCCUUGCAAUAAAGAAGUAUUCUCCUUAUGAUAAUAUCCAGAAGGAUGUUCCUUACCCAGCUGUGUUUGUGACAUCAUCAUUUAAUACAAGGUUUGGUGUAUGGGAAGCAGCUAAAUGGGUUGCAAAAGUCCGUGAACUUACUCAAUAUGAUCCAGAGAGGCCUGUAAUUCUCAACUUGACAACAGAUGUUGUUGAAGAAAGCAAGUAUCUGGAAACCAAGGAAUUAGCAACAGAAACUGCUUUUCUAAUUAAAAUGGUGAACAAUCCCUGAACAACAUGCUUUGUCUUUCGGCUUCUAAACUUGUUGCUCAAAAAGAGUGACGCGGAAUGCGUGCUAUGUCACCACUCCUCCAUGUUCAACGAGAUCUGAAGGAUUACUGGAUUAGUCCAUCAGUUGGAGCUUAUAUGAGGAAAAUCUUAUGCGCAUAUUCAUGCACUAUGAGAAGCUGCCAACUCAAGCUAUCCCUAAAUGGCCUGGUCUCCUGUUAUCACCAACAUGGUCUGCUAUGGUGCUACCAAUUGUAUGAUGUUUUAGCUGGAACAUCUCAAUUAAUAAUACUGGUCAAACAAGUUCUGUUAUUUUCCCCUUCAGUCAUGGAAUUGACAUAGUAUCUCAUGAAUUAGAGGUGGAACGUGCCGUCAUCUACUCAUUGCAAUCUCGAGUUAACUAUACCAAGAUACUCAUUUUGUAUAUGAAAGAGCGGAUACUGGUGAACUGGAUGCUAGGUAGUGCAAACUUGAUUCUUCAUGGGCUUGGAGAUAUGUACUGCAGCUGUAUAGUACAUGUGCACUGUGACAGUUAGGCCAGUCACGCAGCAGAAGCUCCAAAUCAUUCUUUCAUCCUUCCACUGAAAUUCUCACAGCUUAUGAAUGCCUGUAGCAAAUGAGGAAUGGACAAAUCAAGGAUGGUGGAACAGUUGGAUGGCCAUGUAUGUGGAAACUUUUACAAAUGAGAAGACAGAAAGAUGUCACAGGCAUGAAGCACUGCCAUUGAAGAUUGAGCUGGAAACUUUUACAAAUGAGAUGGAAAUAUAUCACAGGCAUGAAGCACAGUAUAUUAAAGAUUGAGCAGGAGAGAGAUUUCAUUGGAUGAACUAUGAGUAUCUGUCCAGUCUUAUUUUUGUAGUUUAUUUGCACUGGUUCUGUUUUGGGGCAAUCGGUAUAGCACCUUGUGAUAAGGUCACCUUCUGUUAUCAUUGUCAUUAUUGCGUUCGAAGAUUUACCAUCCUUUGCUAACAUAUGUGUUACUGUGCAUCUAAAAAGAGUGUUACUGUGUACCUGGAAGUGGCAUGUGUACCUUG